AUGGCACCUAAGCAGGAAACCUCUAAGAAGGUCGUCAAACGGGCUCCUGCCAACAGCCCUGCUAAGCUCAAGGAUCCUGAGCUGAAGAAGCAGCUCCUGUUCCUCUGGUCCUGCUUCAAAUCAGCUGAUGCCAAUGUCAACUUUGCUACUGUAGCCCACCAGUACGGUAUUAAAAACAGUGCUGCGCAGAAGCGCUUCUCCCGUCUGAAGAGAAAAAUUGAAGAGAUGGAGGCAGCUGAAAAGGCCAACAGCUCCAACGAUGAGGCAGGCGCAGACACUGAGCUGGAGGAGAAGGAUGACGCAUAG